AUGGUGAAAGUUAGAGGUGGUUCUGCGGGUGCCGGACGCACUUUCAGACUUAGAGAUGAGGAGGUUGAAAUUGUAGAACCCUCCACUAGAGCAUCUAAAAAGAGAACUGGAACUCGUGGUGGAAAGGUAAAGCAACCUGCAAAGAAGAAACAGGAUGCUCCAACUGUUGAUCCAUCCCCUGAGCAGAUGGACGAGCAUCAAACCGAAGAACAAAAUGCUGAAGAUUAUGCAAAGAGGAAAUGUUCUUCAAAGGAACCAGAGGCUCAACCUGCUAGGGAACCUACCCCAUUGCCAAAGUUUAUAGAUGCCGAGGCCAGAGAUCGGAAGGGUAAUUCAUACACGGAACUUAUCUCUAGAGUCAACUCUGUUGAUAUCAUAUUAACUCCUGAUGUUGUCAAUUCUGUCUUGAAAAUCAAAAUUGAAGAUAGUUAUAAAGAAAAAAUUGCUACCUUCAUUGAGAAAAGGAAUCUUCUUGUGCUUCCCACUCCUGUAGACAAUGGAAAUGUUCAAAAAAAAGAGCCAAGAACCGAGCAAACUAAGCCUACUCCUGGCACUGAAGCUACUCCAGAGGCGUAUGCUUCCAGUUCUCAGCCCAAAGAUAAAGAAAAGGCUCCAAUUACUGAAGAAACAACUAAAGAAUAUGAUGAAGAAACUGAAGAGGAAGAUCAAGUGGAUCUUGAGCAGUUUCGUCUGGUUAGGAGAAGGCCUGGAUCAUCCAAGAUCACCAUAUAG